AUGGCGUCUGCUGAUCUGAGAGCUGAGCUGGUAUGUUCCGUCUGUCUGAACACUUAUACAAAUCCUGUAACUCUGAAAUGUGGACACAGCUUCUGCCGAGAAUGUAUUGAUCUUAUGAUGGAUGCACAGGAGGGGUAUGGAGUGUAUUCCUGUCCUGAAUGUAGAGCUGAGUUCCAGGAGCGGCCUGCACUGCAGAGGAACAUAACACAGCAUAACAUUGUGGAGAAUGUCCUGUCUGCUCAGCCAGAUAAGGAGGAGUCCGGGAUCUUCUGUACUUACUGUAUUCAUGCUCCUGUACCUGCUGUGAAAUCCUGUCUGCUGUGUGAAGCUUCUCUGUGUGACAACCACCUGAGAGUCCACAGCAAGUCAGCAGAACACAUCUUAUGUGACCUCACCACUUCCCUGGAGAACAUGAAAUGCUCCAUCCAUAAGAAGAUCCUGGAGUAUUACUGCACUGAGGACUCUGCCUGUAUCUGUGUGUCCUGCAGCUUGGCUGGAGAGCAUCGGGGACAUCAGGUGGAGACUCUGGAUGAGGCCUCUGAGAAGAAGAAGAAGAAAUGGAGAAACAUUCUGCAGAAACUGAUGACAGAGAGAGAGGAGACGGAGAAAAGAGUCCAGAGUCUGGAGGAACACAGGAAGAAAGUACAAGGAAAAGCAGCUGGUGAAACAGAGAGAGUCACUGCCCUGCUCACAGACCUCAGGAGAUGUCUGGAGGACCUGGAGAAGAGAGUCCUGAGUGACAUCUCCGGGCAGGCAGAGCGGAUCUCCCUCCACGUGACGGAUAUCAUCAGGAAGCUGGAAAUAAAGAAGGAUGAGCUGCCCAGUAAGAUGCGUCACAUUGAGGAGCUGUGUAACCUGACGGAUCCGCUGACUGUCUUACAGGAACCAGACACAGGUGACUUGUGUGAUACUGAGGAUGGAGAUGAUGAGGACAGAGAGAGACAUGAUAAACUCCUCCAUGGUGGAGGGGAUCUGGAUGUGGCUUGGAUCACACACACAUUACACACAGGUAUAUCUGAUAUCAUGUCUGGGGUAAUUGUACAGGAAGAGCAAACAUUGGGGGUGUCGGGGGUUACAGACAUAUUACUGGAUGUGAACACAGCUAGUAAUAAUCUACAGAUAUCAGAUGACAGGAAAUCUGCAUCCUGGUCGUUAAAGAGCCAGAAACAUCCAGAAACUCCAGAGAGAUUUCAACAUUCUCAGGUGUUGAGCAGUCAGAGUUUCUCCUCAGGGCGACAUUACUGGGAAGUGGAUGUCGGGGGCUCAAAGUCCUGGAUAGUCGGGAUGUGUUACCCCAGUAUAGAGAGGAGAGGAUUGCAGUCAGGGAUUGGAGAUAAUAAGAAGUCCUGGAGUUUGGAGAGGAGUCAUACUCAGUACUCAGUGAGACAUGACAAUAAUCAGAUCCCAUUACUCGGCAAUGUCUCCAGUAAGAGAGUCAGGAUAGAUCUGGAUUAUGAGGCCGGGCGGAUCUCCUUUUAUGAUCUGUGUGACCCGAUCCGACACCUCCACACCUUCACCACCACAUUCAAUGAGCCCCUCCAUGCCGGGUUAUAUGUAGGGAAAGGUUGUAUAAAGAUAUCUGGGGGGGAAUCAGAUGAGAGUGAUGCUGCCCAUAUCAUUUCCCGGUUAAACACACUGCCGCUAGGGAGCGAGGGCGCUGACCUCCACUCCCUGGAACUCCCGGUGUCGCUGCCACUGGGGGGAAGUGUCGGGUACACUCUCACCCUGGAACAUUUCCAGCUGCUGGGAAGAAAUGCCUGCUGUACCUUCUCCCUGAUGCUCUUCCAGUCGCUUGGAUGA